AUGCCGCCACAGAACCCCGACUCAGUGCUGUGGAAGAUCUCCCAACAGAAGCUCCACGAUAUUUCCUCCCUUCAGCCCCAUCUUGGCAGCCCAGAGUCUGACGAUUCUCAGCCUCUAACUGUUAUCCCCAUCCCCACUUUGACUGUGAAGUUUCUGACCAAGCGGUUUAUCAGUGAAUAUGAUCCUAACUUGGAAGACACCUAUACCUCAGAGGAGACCGUAGACCAACAACCAGUCUUGCUGAGAGUGAUGGACACUGCAGAUCAGGAUGUUCCCAGAAACUGUAAGCGCUACCUAAGCUGGGCGCAAGCCUUCCUCAUCGUCUACAGUAUUGAUGACAGGAGAAACUUUGAGGGCUGUAGCCAAUACCUGGAGAUCAUCAGCCACCACGCAAAGGAGACCCAGCAUGACUACCCCGUGCUGCUUCUGGGGAACAAGCUGGACAUGGCCCAGUACCGGUACGGACCUGUAAUCUAUUUGUCUCUCUCCAGCAGCCAGAUAGAAGUUUUCAGUGGCAAAUCUGAUGGACUCAGGUGGAGACGAGGCUAGGAGGAAGGUCCUUUGGUUACUGUGCUCUCUGAUUCGUAGACAGUGCACACUAGGUGGGCAUGGCCAUAGUUAUGGAGUAGUAUGUCCCCAGACCAUCUGAAGAAUAGAGAAAUCUAGGGGCAGCUACGUAGCACAGUGGGUAGAGCUUCAGGUCUGGGGCUGGUAGGACUAUAGCUCAAAUCUGGUCUCAGACACCUUCUGGCUGUGUGACCCUGGGCAGAUCGCUUAACCCCCGUUGU